CAGUCGAAAGCUGAGGUAUAGUAAUGGAAACUCAGCGCAAAUGUGAUGGGGAGUAUGGCCCUGGAACAAUUGAGUCUGAUGAUGAAAUUGAAAAUUACUCUGGGUCAGGUUCUGACAGUGAAGAUGAGAUUAAGCAACGUCAAAAGAUGGGUGGAGUGAAAGAUUUCUUCCAAGACUUUGAUUUUGUAGAAACUGUAAAGGACUAUCAUCGAGAUUCAUGGGAGGAUGUUCUGGAAUACAUCAAAACACCUAGAGAAAGAGAUGUUUCUGCAAGGAUUGCAAGAAUCCGUCAAGAGGAGCUCAAGAAAGAAAAGUGGAACAAUGGAAAUGUGAAGUCACAAAUACAAAUGUCUAUUUAA